AUGACGAUUUCUGAUAAAAACGCUGCAAGGUUAUUCAGAAAGCAGACAAUGGACAAGAAAAGGCAUAGGGUUAUUCGACCUAUAAGAUAUGUGAAAAGUAAAGUUCCAUUAAGAUUACCAUGGCCUGAUCCAUUGACUGCUAAGAUCUCAAGGUCUCACAGGAAGAAUAUCUUAUAUCAGGGACGUUUCAGUUCAGUUUUAAGUAACCAAUCUGCAAUCAUCUGUAACAGGGAAAGACCCAUUUCUGGAAAGGGUUUUCGAUUGGGGAGGAAGAAACUGUUGGAUAAAAAGAAGGGCAAAGUUAUUCCUGAAGAACAACUUGUUACCUUUGGGGGUAUUGUUAUUAAUGAUUCCACAAAUUUCACAGGCAAUUUUUCCAGGAAUACAUCUUCGUAA